UAGGUUAAAGGUUAUUGAUGGUUUGUGCGACAAAAUAAGUCAGAUACGUGAGAAUACAUUACAUUUCAUCACAAAUUCGGAAAUUCCUUUCCUGUGAUCCAUUUCUAUACUUCCUUCUUCUGAUUCUCUUUUUCAUCCCCUGAACUGCUCUCAGGUUCUCAAAGUCACGAUCUGAUCAAUCUAACUUGAAAAGUUCUAUCUGGGUGAACCAUCUUUUAAGUCUCUCAUAUUUCUCCUAAAGCACAUCUUCUUUCAUUCAAAUUUUGAUCUGGGUAUGUUAAAUUUUACCCCUUUUCGUUAUAUCCGAAAACAAAUUGAUGAAUUGAUCUAUCUUCUAAAUCACCAUCUGUACUCUUGAGCUAUUAUAAUUUCGUUAUAUUCUAAUGUUAUGUCAUGAUGAACAUCUUCUCGCAUGGGAGUCCUAAAUCCUUUCAUGCUUACCCUAGUAGUGAUUUCGAUUUAGAAUCAGGAAGUUAUAGAAAAACACGAAAGCCUAAAACUUUACUAUCUAACUCCAGAAAAAUGUUGAAAUCCUUAGGAAAUCGCUUACAUUACUAUUACAAAUUACAUCCCAUUCUUUUCUUUUUCAUUUCGUUAUCGUUUGGGGUCACUGUUUUAAUAGUUCUCUCUGUAUACGAAAGUCAAUACCGUGGAAUAUUAACUAGUCAGAGGAAAUUUGAUUUAGGUUCUUCUAGUUCUAAUCCGUUCUCGAAAUAUCAAAAUUUAGUAAUGGUUGCUGGGCAUUCAGUUUAUAUAAGUAAUAAUUGUGGGAAAUUGGAUUCCGAGGAUUCAUGGUAUUUAGAAUCAUAUCAGAAGCAUCCUGGACAGGCUGCUUCGUUUUUGAGUCAUAUAAAAGAAGGGGUUGAGAUUGCGGCCAGAGAUGAAGGUGCAUUGCUUUUGUUUAGUGGUGGUGAGACUAGGAGAGAUGCUGGUCCUAGAAGUGAAGCUCAGAGUUAUUGGGCAGUUGCUGAAUCACAAGGAUGGUUUGGAAACAAAGAGGAUGUGAGAUCGAGGGCACUCACAGAAGAACAUGCUAGGGACAGCUUUGAAAACCUUCUAUUUAGUGUGUGUCGGUUCCGGGAACUUACUGGCAUUUAUCCACAUAACAUCACUGUGGUGGGUUAUGAUUUUAAGGAGGAAAGGUUUGCCCAGCUCCAUCGUUCUGCGAUAGGCUUUCCUGAGGAGCGAUUCUUUUACAAGGGUACCCCAGUCUCAUCUACUUCCAAGGAAUCAGCGAUCAAAGGUGAAGCUUUAGUCAGGACACUAUUUCAAGAUGACCCAUAUGGAUGUUUAGGUCCUCUUCGACGUAAGAAGCUUGGUCGAGAUCCAUUCCACCGCUCUAUUCCAUACCCUAAUGGGUGUCCUGAACUAGAAGGGUUAUUCAGAUACUGUGGUGCAUCUACUUACCCUGGCACCCUUCCUUGGCCUUGAUACCUGUAAUAACCCUACUGUUAUCUAAAAAGUUUAUUUUCUAUUUAUAGUUUAAAAAUAUCUAUAAACCCACUUCUUUUACUAGGAAAAAAAAAUAGUAGUAAUAUUUACAAAUGGUCAAGGUGCGUUGACCAACAUUUUGACAGCUAAAUGAUAUCCAAAAUGGAUUUGGUUCAGCAGAGGACAUGAAUACAUGAUGCAACUCUAUUGGAAGUCUCACUUGUAUUCUUAAAUUUUAAGAUUUUCACUUAACCAA